AUGGGAAACGUUUGCAGUUUCGAUUCGCCGGACCUGGUGAAAGCGGUCCUUGUUGGUGCGGCGGGAGCAGCAGUUCCUGUCAUUCCAACAUUCGCCAUUGCUGCGGCAAAUGCAGCUUUCCUUUCAGUCACAGGCAGCUUCACUUAUGAUAGUGGUAGCUUCCAGCCUUCCGGCAGCCCAUGUUUGAUUCCAACGGCGAUAAGUACUGUUGUCGAUGGAACAGUGCAGGCGACAACUCUCGCCGUCACUCCCUACAUCAGUGGACCAGCUGGACGGACAAACUGCGCACUCUUGACACCAACAGCUGUCGAUGAUAUUCCUGGCUCAUCGACAUACACUGUCCUAUCCUGCCCAAGUGUGAUUUUAAGUGCGCUUCCCACAGGCCAGCACGUCCUGGGAUUCGAUUUCGAUGCUGGGGAUCCCGAGUUCGCCAUGAAUACCUUCAUGAUUGGCCUGCCUCCGCAGACCACCACUCUGGACCCGGAGCCAGGCACGACUGUGACUAAGUCCGAGAUUGUCGCUACAGUGACGACCACAACGACUUUGGAGCCUGUGCCCGCAACCACAACCACCAUCACAAUACCGACCGCAACGACAACAUUGACUAGCACCGAAAAGAUUCAAACGAUCAAAACCACCACCAAGACAGUCUACACCAAGACGAUCACUGCCACGACCGUGAUCGUGGGCCGCCCGUACGGCACUUCGACUUCGACCAAAUAUACUGGCACCGCCACGAAGAAAACGACUAGCACAGUCACUAGCACCACAACCGUCUGCAAGAACUCGUACAACAAGAGAGGAAUCGUUGCUGCCCGUGACGGCGGUAAUCCAGAUUUCACAUAUCCUCCCGAACCGACGACUUCCACUGUCACUCCUCCAGCCGAUCCUGAUUUUACAAGAUUCGAGACUAAAUACGUUACUGCCACCGAGACCAGCACUGAAACUCCUCCUGCACGCGGUACAAGCACCGUGACCUCGUACGUUGAACUGACGGAGACAACGACGAUCAAGACUACCGAGCUUUCGACAACGACUUCGACUCUGAAGACUGGCAAGACGGUGACAACAACGAGCACAAGCCGCAAGAAGGGCGAAUGCACUACCCUCUAUCUCAAGAAAACUGUUUACGUCACUGUAACGAAGACCGCAAAGGCUACGGUCACUCGCAAGAAUUGCAAGCCCAAGGGAUAUUGA